AUGGAGUCUGAAGAAACCAGUGAGGGAGGUACCACUCCCCCAGAAGCCAGCAGCACCACUGGGGAAGCUUGGGAUUCUACAGCAGUCGAAAGAGAGCAUCAUGCCCCUCAUGUAUCAGCUGAAAUGAACACCAGCCUGUCUGACUCUGCAAAGGGACUAGAGCUCAGCACUCCCAAGGACUGCCUUUCUGCUCCAGGGAAAGCAGCAGAGAUGCUGGGCAGACCCUCUAACCCUGUGCAAAAAGUGCCAGCAGGACUGGAACAAGAGCAAGGUGAUCCAGAGCCUCAAAAGGGACUCUCAGAAUUGGAAGGAGAAAUGCUUUUAGAGGAGGGUGGACUGGAUUGUUCUCUGAAACUUAAGCAAGUAGAGCUGGUUGACCUGGAAAGCAACCAGGACUCUUCCUCUCUCACCACAGUCCAGGAUGGGCCAGCCCCUGGCAACGCCAUCCUGCAGGCUGUGGACCUCAGCACUGAGUUUCCUCAGUGCCAGGCAGAACUGGCUUUUCAUGGCUCAGACCCUCAGGCCCAGCAUCUGAAAUCUCCUUUGGCUGAUGCCAUUUCCUCUCAGAGAGAGACACCUAAAUGCUUCUUGGUAUGUAAAACCAUUUCAGAGGGGCAUUAUAAGGCUGAGCCGUUUCUGGAUAAGAUCUCCACGGAUUCUUUGCAGGAGGUUGAUACUGGUGCAGAGCAGAAGCAAAGCAGUAAAAGAGUGGCACCAGCAACUGAUGAGCAACCUACCUCAGAGGAAGCAGCAGAGGACAUGGCUAAACCUUACACUUCUGAAGAUGCUAAGGAAAGCAUAAGAGCACUCCAGGGUUCGGAAGAGAAUAUAGAGUCGUCUUCUUCCCAUCAAUUGUCUUCCACCUUAACAGAUGACAGCCAUUGCAAAGAGCAGAAUCUGCCAGAAGAAGGAGAAUCUUUGGAGCCCAAAGAUCAGAAAAACAAGGAACGAAAUGAGCAGGAACGACAACUGCAGAGGGAAGAGCUCAAACUGGAGGCUCUAUCAUCAGCUUUCGGAUCAGAGAUAUCUUCUGUUCCCAGGCAUACUGUGGGCCUGUGUGGUUUGGAGAAUGGUUUUUUGGCUGAGCAAACAGGAUCAGCAUUUCUUCUUGGGGAACCUAUCUCUGUGGAUCAGCAUCCUGGUGAGGAUGUACUGCUGAAAACUCAUGUCACAGAAGCAGGUUCUGGAUGUCAGCCACCCGCUAUCAGCCCUCUGUCCUCAAAUAACCUGAACCCAGUGGAUGAAACUCUAAUGGCACCUCCACACACAUGCCAUAUCUCUGACCAGGCAGAAGACCUAGAAGACUCUGGCCGCUUUUCUAUCGGUGGUCAGGAUAUUGGAGAAGCUGACUGGGAUGAUAGGACAAGACUGGGCAGGGAGGAUGAGCACAGUGAUGGGCAUGGAAAUGUUGUCCAGAGGUUUGAUAAAAGAGAUGCAUCACUCCAUGGAGGAGUGGCAGCACCUUCUAGCGCAGAGAACUCAGAGGUUUCUGUUUCAGCACACCUUUCCUCUGGUACCAAGAACUUGGAGCCACCUGAUCCCAUAGAUCCUCAUCCCAUUACAGAAAAUUUGGGAAAAGCUGAACUUCAGGACUUCAUUCCAGCUUUACCCUCAGAGCUCACCUCUGUGGCUUCAACAUCUGGCCUACAGCAAGAGGGUGAUAGUGGAACAGCCUCUGUGAUCCCUGAGGACUGUCCUGGCACCAGCCUGAACAAACUGCUAGACUCUGUAGAGAAGCCAGCCAACCAAGCUGCUUCUGUACAAGUGCGGGGCCCAACAUCAGGGGAAACUGCUAUUGUAAGUACUGAUCCAAGGGAAGCCAACACUUCCCAUGAACUCCUUACUUCUGAGGAAGGCCUUCAUGAAGACCUUAGUGGCCCGUCUUCUUUCUCUGUAAUAUACACGAGCUGUCUUCCUUUAGAGGGGAGCCUUCCUAAGGAUAGGAGGACUGUGGCUAUCAUUGCAGGGCCUCUGGAACCACCCCAAACACCAGGCAGGACUUCCACUCCCCUGAACCACCCAGAGACAAUUCAGCAAAACCCCCCAGAAAAAAGGGCCGUUAUCCAAGGAGAAGAAACGGGAGCAAAUGUGGAUCAUGAAGCACAACAAAUGCCUUUACUUGAUCAGUCUGACUGCAGUUUAAACCAAAAAGAGCCUGGAUCCAGAAUCUCCAGUGUCCUGAGCACCCUAACUUGGCCCUCUGAAGAAGAUAUGGUCCUUGCCGUGAACGAGCAAGAACAACCUCUGUCCCUUGUGUCCCACUCAAGCCUACCUCUGGUGUCUGAGCCUGAUGCCAAACAGCUUCCUCAUCCUCCUUCCCAUGUCCAAAGCCCCAGUCAAGCUCAGGCCCCUACACUUAAUGCAAAUCACCUUGCUCAACCUCCAGCCCUUGAAAGUUACCAGCCGCUGGCUCCUGUGCCCUACUCCAGGCCACAUCUCAACUGUGGUAUGGACGAUGAUAAGUUACUAGCCAUUCACCCUACUAUAAGCCAUCCUCUCCGGACUGCCGCCUCUGUGUCUGAUUCUAACACUGGGGCCUCUGCUUCUGAUGGAGAAGAUGUAGCAGAGAAAGAUGACCUUGUUCCAGUAACUAGAGGGUGGGAUCUCGGUGACUUAGGUACCCAUGAUAUAGAAACUUCUGAUGACUCAGGGGUCAGUUUGUUGGCCAAAAGCUUUUCUGCUGUUGGAAACGAAGCGUUGGCUGGCUGCUCUGAGACCGGCCCUGAAACAGCAGACCAGCACAUGGAUGUACAGUGUGGAAAAUCCUCACCUGACCACCCUUCUUGGCCCUCACUGGAAGGCCUGAUAACAUCCACAGAGUCCAAGAGCAGAGACUCUGCACAGCCACUCCCAAUGCUAGCAUUCACCAAUCCAAUCCACUUCCUCCAGCUCAGCCCUCCAUCACCACCAACCACCAGAACAACCUGCCAAGAGGAGGAGGUCUCAGGGGAGCUGCGAUGGGAGCAACAGGCAGGCAUCUUCGGUGUGGACACAAGGAACAUCCAAGCUCCAUUGGCAAUCACAGAGAAAACAGAAGGUGAGAGGAGGGUCAAGCAAAGGCUGGAAGGAGAAGGAGAACACCACUUGGUAUCUCAGCCAAAGGAGGAAAUGCCCAGACAUUCACCCUUGGAAAAAUCAUCAAGUUGGCCAGACAAAAAAAUGAUCAGGGUAGUUGCACAGGAGCCAGCAGCCAAUCAAGAAAACCCAAUUAAACGCCGAGUAAAAAGCAAGGACUGGCACCGUCAGGGUCUGAAGAGGAUGUCAGUACCACCAGACAUCUUGCAGGAAAUUCCUUCUGUUCCUUCAGAGGAGGAAGCUCACAAGACACACAGGGAACCACCAGUCAGUUCAGAAACAGUUAUAUUGCGAGAGAAGAAACCUGCAGACGCAAUGGAGAAUUUCAAACGCCGGCACUCCAAACUGAUCAACUCCUCAAGAUUGCUGUAUCAGGAGUACAGUGAUGUGGUUCUGAACAAGGCCAUUCAAAGCCAGAAGAGAGUGGAUUCUUUCGCAGAGGAUAUAGAGUCGAGUUUCCCAAGCUCCCCAAGGCUACGGAGGAAAGUGCUGUCUCCCCAGGACUCAUAUUUGCAACGUCUGUCAGUCUCAUCUAAUGCAUCCCUCUGGCAGGACAUCCCCAUGAUUCGGGGCAGCAGAAUGCUACUCAAUAUGUCCCGUGAUGAGCAGAAGCUGCAAGAGGCCAAGUUUGAGCUGAUAAUGUCUGAGGCUUCAUACCUGCGCAGUUUAAAUGUGGCAGUGGAUCACUUCCAGCGAUCAGCAGAGCUCCAGGCAAUGCUCACCAAUCAAGAGCGUCAGUGGCUUUUCUCCCGCCUUCAUGAUGUACGCGAUGUCAGCGCCAGUUUCCUCUUUGACUUGGAGGAGAAAUUUGAGGAGGACAUGUUCACCUUCCAUGUGUGCGAUGUGGCUCUGAAACAUGCCCCUGAGUUCCGCAGGGUGUAUCUACCAUAUGUAACAAACCAGACAUACCAAGAGCAAACCUUCCAGCGGUUACUAAAUGGAAAUGCAGGGUUCCAGCAAGUCCUGGAGAGACUGGAAAGUGAUCCAGUAUGCCAGCGCCUCUCACUUAAAUCCUUCCUCAUCCUCCCCUUCCAGCGUAUCACUCGACUCAAACUCCUCCUGCAGAAUAUCCUGAAAAGAACUCGGCCUGGGUCUGAGGAGGAAGUGCAAGCAACACAGGCCUAUGAUGCACUUGAAAAGCUGAUCAAGGAUUGCAAUGAAAAUGUCCAGCGCAUGAAGAGCACUGAAGAGCUGAUCUACCUCAGCCAGAAGAUUGAAUUUGAGUGCAAGAUAUUCCCACUCAUCUCACAGUCGAGGCGACUUGUGAAGUGUGGUGAGUUGACAGCACUGGACUUCAACACCCUGAGUCCAAAAUGGAAAGUCACCACCCGUCCCAUCUACCUACAUCUUUUCAAUGACUGUCUGCUCCUGUCUCGGCCGAAGGAGGGUGGACGUUUUGUUGUGUUUGAUCAUGCCGCUUUCUCAGAUGUGCGUGGGGAGAAGUGCGAGAUGAAACUGCAUGGAACAAACAAAAAUGUUUUCCGUCUCUUUCUACUUCAGAAUUACCAGGGAAAAUUUCGUACAGAGACACACAGUGAGAAGCUGAGGUGGAUCUCUGCUUUGGCUCCUCCACGAGGAGAACUGGAUCUCCUGGAAUGCCCUGAUGCACCACAGGUUCAAUGCAUAAAGACUUACAAGGCUCGGGAAAAUGAUGAGCUGGCUUUGGAGAAAGCGGAUAUCAUCAUGGUUAUGCAGUACAGCAAUGAUGGAUGGAUGGAAGGAGUAAAACUUUCAGACCGGGAGAGAGGCUGGUUCCCCUCAGAACACGUGGAACUCAUCUCCAGCAAACAUGCGCGGCAGAAGAACCUGAAGGAGGAACAACGUGUGAAGAAUGCCAAGCAGCAGGUCUUUUGCAAGAAAUAAGACUCUACUUUGUUGGACCUGUACAGUCUCCCUGCCAUGGGGAAACCAUCUUUUUUCUAUUGCGCCUCAGAAGAAACACCUCUGCGAAGAGCAUAAUACA